AGUGAAGAUCAUGAAGAUCACUCUAAUUCUUUUUCCUACCUGUUUUAGUUUGAAUUUUUUUUAAUAUGAUUUAUAUAAAUUUAUAUGACUUUGAUCGUUAGAUGGCGUUAUUAGAAAUUUACCAUCUACCAUAUAAGACAAAACUAACUAAUUGAUUGGAUAUACCUAUACAUAUUUAUUAAUUUUAUUAAUUGUUAUUUGAAAUGUUUUUGAUAUUGUAAUAUAGUAGACCCGAGAUCAGCUGAAUACUUCACGGAGGGGCGGGAGUGCGUGAAUUGCGGCGCCAUUGACACGCCUCUGUGGCGUCGCGACGGCACUGGACACUACCUCUGCAACGCGUGCGGCCUGUAUCACAAGAUGAACGGGAUGAACCGGCCGUUGGUGAAACAGCCGCGCCGAUUGUCAGCUUCAAGACGCGUUGGAUUAACCUGCACCAAUUGUCACACAUCGACGACGUCGUUAUGGCGCAGAAACGCUCAGGGUGAACCAGUUUGCAACGCAUGCGGCCUUUAUUAUAAAUUGCACGGCGUUAAUCGACCUCAAGCAAUGAAAAAAGAGAGUAUACAGACGAGAAAAAGGAAACCGAAGAAUAGCAAUAAAGAACCCGCAAAUUCAACCAAUGGAAUUUCAACGUCAUCAACGCCUAAUAUAAAAAUGGAACAUCCUUUAAAUAGUAUCAAAAUGGAACAUACUUUAAAUAACAUCAAGUUGGAACAUAAUUCACUUGGUAAGAAAUUAUAUGGCGUUAUUAGAAAUUUACCAUCUACCAUAUAA